UGACAAUACGUGCAGUUCAUGUUGAAGUGGCUCAUAGCUUAUCAACGGAUUCCUGCAUGAAAUGUAUUCGUCGGUUCAUCUGUCGCCGAGGAUCACCAGCCGAGAUUUAUUCGGAUAACGGGACAAAUUUUCAAGGCGCUGAUAGACUACUUAAGGAACAAGUUGAGAAAAUGGCUGUAACGUUCACAGGUACCGCUACCAAGUGGAUAUUCAAUCCUCCUAGCACUCCCCACAUGGGUGGUGCUUGGGAGAGGAUGGUUCGUUCGAUCAAAACGGCCGUGGAAACGGCGUACAACAAUAAUCGGAAGCUGGAUGAUGAGGCGUUGGAGACUUUCAUGGUUGAGGCAGAAGCUAUUGUGAACAGCCGUCCUCUAACAUAUCUACCACUUACAUCAGAAGAGAAUGAGGCGCUCACGCCGAACCAUUUUCUUCUAGGCAACUCAAGCGGUGCACGGCAGCCGCCCAUCGAAGCUACAAAUUCGGCGGAAGCUAUACGUUCAUCAUGGAACCAAAUACAACACCAGCUCGACAUAUUCUGGAGAAGGUGGAUUAAAGAGUACCUUCCGACGCUGACUAAGCGGCCGAAGUGGUGCGGCGAAGCAAAGGAAAUAGCUGAAGGACAGUUGGUGUUGGUUGUAGGCGAAGGAAAUCGUAAUGAGUGGACGAAAGGUCGGGUCGUUCAAGUUAUUAAAGGGGUAGACGGAAGAGCUCGGCAAGCUAUCAUACAAACUGCGAGGGGGCUCGUGCGUAGGUCGGUGGCUAGGUUGGCUGUACUGGAGGUUGAUGUGGUUGGUAAAACUGGACCUGGUGGCCAGUGUUACGGGGGAGAGAGUGUUGGUACUGGCAGCUCUGCUGGUAACGAUUCUGUAACGAUUGAGGCGGGCUGUCAUGGAAGUUGUCAAAGUGACAGUCCAAACGGUACGAAAUAACGGAACAGCACAUCAUACAAGUUUCAUUCGCAUUCUAAAAGCCACAAGCACAUGUAGUGAAUUAAAAGAGUGAACUAUAUUAAAACUUAUAUUUCUAAAGUAAAACUAUUGAGACUUACAGCUAGUAAAACUUAAGUCUAUACUAAAGUUAUAUAGGCAUAAAAGUUAUUCCGCGUGUGAAUGCCUAUAUUAAGGUUAGGAUAGGGCGCUGUUCCAUCCAUGCAACCGAUUUUUCAAAAGCUACAUUACAACUAAACGGAAUUUCGUAAUUUGCUCGACGAAAUCGAACAAAGGAUCGCGCCUAACCUAACUACCGCAA